AUGGAAGAAUCUUACGGUGCUGUGGGUCUAGCGAUAUUUCGCUUGGUGGCGGACUCGGGAGAAGAGGCCGAGUGCUUGAAAAGCCAAGCUAUAUUGCGGUGUGUUCUGCAGCGUCACCCUGUGGUUCGAGGGUUCGCCUUGUCCACACUUGCCAGGAGGCUCCGAGAGGGUGCAACAGCAGGCAACCAACCCAGCCGGAGGCACAGGGCAUCUGCAGGGGCCUCGGCAGAAGCGCGAGUACCUCACACGGGGAUCCGCCUGGCGCUGGAGGUUCUUCUUGCCUCUUACCACCCCUCCGCUUCGCACGUCGUUUCACCUGUCGUCGACGCCCUCGGAGACAGUAACCUUGAGGGUGGGACAAGCCCGUUGCUGCCGUGGGCCGCUCGAUUGUGCUUGUUGCAUGCAUGCUUAGCUGGCACAAGCGCCGGGAGCAAGAGGUGGAGAUGGCUGCCGACCGUGGCGGACUCCGCAUGCUCCUUGGCCCUGCAAGAAAUCGCAACGGAGGGAAGCAGCAGCGUGAGCGGCAGUGAGGCGGGCAAAGGCAAGGGACGUGCGCGUGGGCAUGGCGCGAAAUCAGCACCAACAAAGGAAAUAGCCAACCGGGUGGCAGCUGGGACGGACAAAGCUGAGAUGUACCAAGCAACCUUGAUGGCUGACGUGUGCACGGAGCUUGCAAGGGUCGAGGUAGCGGAACCUGCGGCAGUUUCGACCAAGAAAAGUGGAUUCCUCUUUGGUUCUCUGGGCACCACCCCUGAUGACGUAGCCAGAAUAUCUUCGGCAGGGGCGGCGGCAUCGUUGCCUGGACGGCAUGCCGCGGAUUCGUUUCGACUCAAGCUGCAGGGGUUGCGAGACGCGCUGCUGUCUAGGAGAGGAAGCGAAGGAAACGCACCGGUGGGGCAGUCGGUUCCAAGCGUUACGACCAUCAUCGGUGAUGUCGCGCUGGAAGAUCUAGAUAUACAUCCACAAGCAGUGAAGAGAGCCUUGGAGAGAGGCCGCUGCGGUGAAGCCUUCAUUCUCGCGGUGCAGGCGGCGCUAAAGGAACAGCUUACUCCAACCUCGACCACCGAGGCCAAAGAUCAACAGUUCUCCUCCAACAGGGGCCGCCGGAUUUCGGUGAAUCUCAAGCUUGCCCUCGAGACAUGCCUCUUCGGCAGUGGUCUCGCGGGAGGCAGGGGGCUGCUAGAUGCCGUUGUGCCGGAUGGUGACGAGAUCGGAUUCACCUCAACUUCCAGCUCCACACGAGCGAAAGGAACCACAGAGGCACGACAAGCGUGCGCUUUGAUGCAAGGCCUUGUUGAGGAAGGGACUCGAAUUCGUGACUUGCUAUUGGUGUUGGUGGGCAUGUACCAGGAGCGAGAGCGACUACCCCCGACUUCAAGCCCUGCAAUUUCGAUGGACUCUGGGCGGCUGGCUGGAGCACAGGCCCCGUUCAUGGUGAGCGGCAAGCGGCGUUUCUCACAAGUCGGGGGAAAGGAGCUGUGGGGAUUGCUGCAGGGAGCGUGCUUGGUUCACGAGGAAAAGAUGCCCGCUUCCUUGAUCGUUCGGACGGCUGCGGCUGUGGUCACGGCCUCCAGGAAGACAUGUCAAUCGAGGAUGGUUUCCCCCGGACUGCUAGGCUCGAGUCCCAUCCGCGUGGUGAUUGACAUGCUCACUGCCGCCAAGGACUGUCUCACUGCUUCGGACUUGCUGACUGGCUUGCUGGAGGUUCCAGGCGAUGACGGCCCUGCGUUGGCGGCUGAUGUUUUCGCAGCGUUCAUUGCAGCUUCAGCGGCCGGAAACGGGCGGACAGCAGGGGGUGAUAACGAAGUGGGCGAUUUGCGUUCGUUGUCGAUGUCAUGGCUCCACGGGGCUCUUGCGACGGCUGUCCUGCCGGUGCGCACGCCUGCGGGCUCGACGGUGGAACUGAACAGGGUCAUGUCCGCCACUGCUUUGACGCGGGUGCUGAUUCAGAGAGUACCGUUCGAGGCGAAACCCGUGCUACUCGCCGUGGAAGAGGCGGCGGAGCUUGCUACGGCUGGUAGGGGUGUAGGGGGCUGUACCCGACGCUCCGGGAAGAGCAGACGCGUUUCCGGGAGGGGAGGGGGAGAAAACUUGGAUGGGGACGCGGCAUCUCCUUUGGCAUCCUUGUUGAAGUUGGCUGGCGCGGCGAAGCAAAGCCGUCUUCUCCCGCUUCCGGUUCCUUCAACGGUUUCUCCGCCACGCUCGGCGGGGCUCAAGUGCGGCGAGGCGUCGGGUGCGGGAGCCGUGGGAGCAGGAAUACCAACAACGCUGCCAGCGGGAUCGGGUGAUCGCAAGGUUGCUGCCUGUCUCCUCGUCGGAUUCCUGGUUGAGAGCGGAGUGCCCGGUUGGGAUGAGACGAAGGCAGCGAUGACCCCUCCACCGCCUCAGCUACUGGUAGCAGCUGAGGAGUCUGUUCGUACGGAGGGCGAGUCGCACGUGUGGCACUCUUAUCAUUCCAGGCAACAGCUUACGGCGCUGCGGCUAGAAGUAAUGCUCCAGUCCCUCCUGUGCGAUGUGGGCGGUUCCCGUUUAAUUGGCGACAUGGAUGUCGAGAAAUCGUUUCCAGAUGUGUUCCGGACGGCGCGAACUCUCGCGCGAGCGAUCGCACACCAUGCAUCCGCGCUCGUCACCAGACCAAACCAAGGACAACAAGCUUGGCGGACCAACGACUACCACCGCUUCCAAUCCGGCGGCGGCGGUUUCGAGGGUGUAGACCCGCAUUGGCCUAGUAUUGUCGGGGGUAGUUGUUCAAGGGGUGGCGAAGGGGCAGGCAACAGGCAACUGAAGUUACCGAGGCGAGCUCUUGCUGGACGAUUGCAGCAUUCGCCAGCGGCUGCAGCGUUGACGUCUUGGGUGUCGAGCAUCGUAAAGACAGUGAGGCAGUUCAGGCGGUGGCUUCCGUGGCAGCCUUUAGCGGACGAGCUCAGAGAGUUGGUGUUGCGGAAUGCUCGGCGAAAGCCUGUGCGACAGCUGGUAUCUGGCGGAGAAAGGAAUGAGACCCAAGGAAGGACUCUGGCAGCUGAGGCAGCUGUGUUUGCUGUCAGCGAACUGUUACUUGCUUGGGAUGAAGGUGGAGAGGAAGUUGUCCCGGCUGUGUUCCAGUCAGUUCUCUGCUCCAAGGCGCUUAACAUAGCUGUGGCUCCGGUUGCCUCAGAUGCACCCCCACCAAUCUGGCUAGAGCUGCUUCGGUGCCUAGUCGACGAGGGGCAAUGUGACAUGUCCGGUUGGAUGUCUUCAUGCCUUGACGGAAGCGCUCAGCAGGAUCCCCUCGCGAUGGCCUCUGCAGCCGCGGUCUGGAUCGGAGGGGAUGGGCCGAGAGCCGGUCAGCGGAGCAGGCGCGGAACCCACGAGGCGUGGGUGCACUGGUAUGGGGCGAAGCUCGGGUCUCUAAUCCCGACGGGCGACGCGGACUUCGGAGAUUGGCUUAUUCUUUCCAGUGCUACCGGCGCUAGCGCCAGUGGUGGGGUACAGGUGCGGGUCGAAGGGUUGGCGCGCACAAUCCAGCCUGACGAGUGGGAACACUGGGGGAGGUCCCCGCUUCAGGCCGCGUGGAACUUUCCUGGGACAUGGGCGGCAGUAAGCCAGAGAUCUGAAAGCCAAAGUUCAGAGGGAGCGCCGCCCGCCAUCUUGCUCCCUCCUUUCGCCUCGUGGUUGAGAGUGGUUUUGAGAGGUGGGUCAACCUGCCCGAAACAUCUGCUUGAGGCAUACCUGCGAAGGAUGGCUCUCGAGGUGUACCUCCCAUGCCAAUUCGGUAGAGCUUCAAACGAGAUGGCCCGACAGUGGCUGGCCGUGCUCAUCGAGGCUGAAGCUACGGCGGAGGGGAGUGGAAGGAAACGCGCCAAGAUGGCGGCCGAUGCCGUCGUGUGUGACUGGGGGUCAGUGACAGCCGAUCCUUCUUCAGGAAGCGCGGUCGGAAUGGUCUCGGCGUGCCAUCUCGUAGUGAAGGCAUUUUUUCGCGAGGAGCUUCUGCGUUUCGGAAGUGGGGAAGCGCCGGCGGCACCAAACGGAGGGCCGAUGUCCUGGCUUUGGCCGCUUGAGGCCGUGGUUGCGGCGUGCGGCAACAACGGCUCCUUCGGUAGGGGUUCGCUCGCCCGUCGCCGUCGCGGCAGCCUGGGACCAGAAGGAAUUGACAGCGACGCCUCCUCGAGGAUUACGUUGGACGGCCCACCCUCAGCUCUCGCCCGCGCACUGUCGACAGUACCACACGAUCUUCUGUGCGGAUCCCGCCGGUUCGGCAUGGGUGGACAGCCCCCGCCUGCCCUUGCGACGCUGCGCGCGUUCGCGACCCGAGUGGUGGACCUCACUGCGCGCGCGUUGGCAACCCCACCAUGUAGACACUGGUCCGUGGCCCGGCAGCUUCUUCUUGGGUUGGGACUGCUCUACCACGCCUUGGCAAAGCCGGUAUCGGCGAGAGGCGGCAAGUUACAGAAAUCGUUCGGUGCACCAUCCCGAGCGGGGGAUGUUGAAUUGGACUCCGCCGCUCAAGAAGCUGCCCAAGCGGUAGCCCUCUCUGCGAUUGAAGGCCUUGUGAGAAUUUCGCUAGGAUUGGGCAACCUCGGGGUAGGAGAGAGGGACAGUGGUGAGGGCGGGAAUCGGGGUUCUGCGGCAGCGUCCAAGUCUGGAAACCCGCUUCUCACGUCGGCUUGCCUUGCGCUACGGCCGCUAGAGACGGGUGGCUGCGCGGGCGCGGAUGAUUUCGCGCGGGCUCUUAUGGGUGCGGGAGCUUGGCGGGCUGAGACGGCGUUCUUUGGAGAACGGAGUGCAGCGCAGGCCUCUUCUUCGGUGAAAGCCCCUUCGUUGGAUAACACGGCCCCUGCGUUAGAACAGACGGCUUCGUUGGCACUGUCAUUGCCGCCACCGCCUCCACCGCUAUCGCCUCAAGCCGGUCCUGAGCAGGGCCACCGCCUUUCUUCGCCGGGGGCAACGCCGGCGGUAGAACCUCAUCACUCGGUCGGUGGCGAUCAAGCCAGUGGACAGUCGACCGCGGACUGUUGCAUUUCUCUCGCCCAAGAACUGGUGGGCGGGGCGCAGCAGUGCAGUUCAGGGCGGGGCGAGCGUGAGCAAGUUGUCGGGUCACCACGUGCACCGUCGUGGGAUAUGCCAUCCCGCCAAAAGAAAAAGGCCCGCUUGAGCACCAAUGCAAUGGAAGGGAAAUCGCCACCACCAAGCUCUCCUCGACGGGUGUUGCCCAUGCGUUCGUCCAAGCAGCAACACCACCAUGAAGGGAGCGAGAGUUAGCGAUGUACUACACGUGGUUGAAAUGGACGAGCCGGUGGAUUUACAUGGCGUGCAGUCGGUGCUGCGCGAGGUUACAGAAACGCCCGGAGUACGAAUACAGUUUACGAUGAAGUGGAACGAUUUCCACCAGUAUGGAUUAUCUUAGAGAUUCGUGGUACACUGUAGGUGUAUCGAAACGGUUUUGAAUGUGAAGACAACAACGAGUUCAUGGUUGGUUGAGGACAGGUGUUCCCUCUGUGUAAUAUGCUCCCGCGAAGGUGUGAAAGGUACUACAAGCAGACGUAAGGUCAUGCGCAAAGGCAGGGAUAUUGCCGUGCGUACAUAGCGUGGUGAACGAGCGAUGAGUGGGCGAUCCGCUGAGGCUUGAUGGCCGAAAGGAUGUGGAUAACACGCCGCAGGUUUCGAUAAGUUUUCGUGAUAAGCCGGGCAUAUUCCGAAGCCACCCGCGAUUUUCCUCUCGACUGCCUGCCAACCAGUCUUUAGUUCGCCGUACUUGGACAUUGCAUGAGGACAUCGAAAGAAUAUUGGCCAAUCUCUACACUCGCGCCAUCCAGGGAGUCCAUCUUACUUGCCACGUUGACUAGCGGUAAAUUCCUCCGGCCUCUCGUGAGUUGACGUAUGGGUUCAUGAGUUUCGAAUAGGCGGCACAUGGGCAAACCUGCAAAUGUGCACUCCGCGGUGGCCACCACGCUCGCCACUUACUUCGCUGGACGCGACCCGAAAACGACCCUUAGAACCCGCGGCACGUGUGGCGAGAAAUUUUUGUGUUGAAAAAACGGUGAGGACGGAAAGUCGAAGUAUUUAGUUCUUGACCGCCGCUUUAAAUUUCAUACGCCC